AUGGCAGGUUCCAUCUCCGAUAUCCGCAACAUCAAUGGGUCGGAUCUGAUCUCCGCCCUUCAUCUUGCUCAACAAGCACCGACAAUCCUUGGCCAGGAGUCUCAGUCCAAAUCCUCGACGGCGUCUGCGGAUACCGCAGAGUACUAUGCACGGAUAGAGCAACUUCUACUGGCUUGUCUUCGGACGGGAGAUGACCAGUCAGCACAGGCCUGUCUCAAUCAGCUCAGCCUUCGAUUUGGACCAUCAAAUGAAAGGAUCAUGGGACUACGAGGGCUGUUUGAAGAAGCAACCGCCAAGGAUCAUUCAGCACUAGAGAAAUGCUUGCAGGAAUACGAUCAAAUCUUGUCACAGAGUCCAGUGAAUGUACCUAUUCUGAAGCGCAGGGUUGCGCUGCUGCGGUCGCUCAACCGGUCAUCUGACGCAAUCUCGGCUCUUAUUCAACUUCUCGAUGCCAUUCCCACUGACGCGGAAGCCUGGUGUGAACUGGCGGACUUAUACCAGUCACAGGGGUUGAGCUCACAGGCUAUCUUUAGCCUUGAGGAGGCCUUGCUCAUUGCGCCCAACUCUUGGAAUAUCCAUGCACGUCUGGGUGAGCUGUUAUACAUCGAUGGGGACGCACUACAGAGGUCGGUACAGCACUUUUCCCGAAGUAUUGAGCUUUGCGACGACUACUUGCGGGGGUUCUACGGGUUGACGUUGGCUUCAUCCCGGAUGCUUGAGAAAUCCAAUGGAUCUAUACCCAAGCAAACCCUGGAGCGUCUCAAGGCAUUUGGUUUACUCAAGUUGGGCGAGAUUGUCAAGUCACGAUCAGUCGAUGACCAACAUUGGGCAUCCAGUCGCAGUGAACUGAUUGCAGCCAAAGAACUAUUGAAUCGAUUCUAA